AUGUGCACCUCAGUUGUCACUGGAGACUAUAAGGAAACCAAAAUAUGCGGCAUCAAUGUCAAACACGUCCUUAGUUCAAAACUACUCAAAAUGAUCAUUUAUGGCUCAUUGAUUGCAACACCAAUAAGUCACAACAUGUACGCAGUAAUCAACAAGAUUUUUAAAGCACCAUUGACCCCAAAACAAAAAAUUUUACAGAUCCUCACAUCCUUACUCACAGUAACACCAACACUUGCUGCAUGCUUUGUCUCGUGGAUUUCAUUGAUCAACAACUACCGACCAGGCAAAGAAUUUAACUUGAAAAACGAAUUGUAUCGUAUAUACACAAUUGUUAAAGCAGGAUUAAGAAAAGGUUAUCUUCCAGUACUCAAAUCAUCACUCGUCACGUCAUUCUUUGCACUUAUCGUGGCACAGAAGUUCGUCAAGCCAGAAUUGUGGGUGGUUUUCUUCAACCUCGUCUACUUUGUUUUAGGAACAUACCAAAAUACAAAAUUGAAAAUGCAACAAAAGAAGAAUUUGUAA